UCUUCAUAUUCUCUACACUUCUACACUACAAAAUAAUUUCCAGACUUAUAGAACAUCAUGGCUGGGAGGCAGCAUGCUUUAGUUUUAGCUUCUAGGUCAUUUUUCUCAAGUAUCAGUGGAUCAAGCUGUAGAGUUAGCAUUAAAAUCGGGAUAAAGCCCUCCAUUGACAAGCCCCCACAAUGGUCAUCCUUCCUUCUUCCAUCACUACUUUCAAGUUUAUUCCUUUUGUUCUUUAGAAAACUUGAAGGAAAUCAUUGUGCUUUUCACCUACAACAUGAGGCCGCGUGUUUCUGCUUCUGCUUCCCUUCCUCCCCCGACCCUCUGCACCCGACGAGUCCCCCCAACUAUCGCCACCCAUUUUCCGGCCGGAAAUCCGGCAAAGCUUGGGGAUUUCUCCCUAUUUUCUUGUCUUAGAACACCUGUUGAACCCAUAAAAUCCCAGAUUUGUGUCUUCCUUCCUCUGUUGUCCGUCGGCUUCAACUCGUGGGUUUGAAAUUUCUGGGCAUUUUUCGCCGCGAGUUCCCCUGCAGAAUUUCUUUUUCUCUGCCGUCGGCUUCUCCCCCCUGCUAGGCUCGGUUUUGCUUGCUAAAUUUUGGGAGAAAAUCCCGUGAAUUAGCUACUGUUUGGCCAAUUUUGGAAGUGGCAGUACUGUUCACGUCGUGAUCACUGUUCACGGGUACUGUUCAUAGGCACUGUUCACACACCGAGGGUCAAUAAUUAGCGGGGAUUUAA